AUGUCAUAAGAGAUUUCUCCAAAAUAAUAGAAAAUUCUUUAAGAAGAAUUAUAAGAACAAAUUAAUUAGCCUUAAAUUGAAGCAUAAAAUCAUGAGGAAUAAUAAUUGAAAGAGAAUAUUUAAGAAAAAGUAGAUAAUUAAGAAUAGUAGGAUAAGUAAAUAAAAGCAGAAUAAUAAGUUGAAUAAGAUAUAGAAGAGAAGAAUAAUAAAUAAAAAUAAUAACAAACCUCUUCAAUUCAAGAAAGUACUAUUUAAAAAGAAACUUAAUAAGAGAAUACUUAAAAUGAAAAAAAAGAUCAAGAAAAUUAAGUAAAAGAUAAUGAAGAAAAAUAAGUAUUAAAUGAAAAAACUCCAGAAACAAUUUCAUCAAAUUUGGAUAAUUUAUUCUUAAAAGCAGAUCAUACUUUCCCAGUACUUUUAUUGAUUAAUUUUUAGAUUGAAAUAAAAGUAUCUGAUCCUAUUCAAAAAGUAGGAAGUAUUUCAAAUUAUGUAGUCUAUACUAUAAAAGGUAAAGAUUGUUUUGGAUAAUUUGAAACAUAAAGAAGAUUUAAUGAUUUCUACAUGAUUAGAGAAUUACUCUUAGCAAAAUGGCCUGGAUAAUAUAUACCACCAAUUCCUGAGAAAUCUGUAAAUGCAGGUUCAGAUAUAAUUUUAGAAAGGACAAGAUUACUUAACAUCUUUUGUAUGAAAAUGAUGUAGAUUAAACAUCUUUAUUAUUCUGAAGAAUUUUAUGAUAUAUUUUUAAGAUCAACUAAUCAAGAGAUUAGCAAAGUAUUUUG